CAGAGAUCGGAGAGUAGCGGCCUUGUCGGUGUGAAGCUCGCAACAGACGACCGGUCGAAAAACACUUAAAAUUGACUAUAUUGUACAAGCAGGUCCAUGUCUGUAUCUGUAUCGUCAUCCACUGAUUCAGUACCAGACGGCAGCCAUGACACUUGUCCUCAGCAUCCUUGUGUGCGCCUCGCUUCUUCCAGCUUUGACUGCGGCAGGUACCGUUUACACACGUUGGGGAAGCAAGGGGUGUGCUUCUGCAGGAGCUACGGUGUAUUCAGGUUAUAUGGGCGGAAGUUUUUACGCCCAUCCCGGAUCUGGAGCCAACUACCUGUGUCUACCACCCAAUCCCGUACCCACUAACAUAUCAAGACCUGCCUACGUCUCCUCCGUGUACGGCACGGAAUAUGAAGUGACAAACAGGCCAGAGAACGACCAGGAUGCGCUGUGUGCCGUGUGCUUCGUCACAGACCGUAUAGCCAACAUCAUGAUACCCGGCACAAACAAGUGUCCGUCUGGGUGGAGCUCCGAGUACACGGGUUUACUAAUGAGCGGGUACGACGGACACGGCGGGUCAACGGAGUUCAUCUGUGUGGACAGCAAACUGGAAGGCCGCAUCGCCUCCAAUGCUAACGAGAACGGCAGGCUGCUGUACGUGGUGGCCAGCAUCUGUGGCAGUCUACCCUGUCCUCCUUACCAGAACAACAACAUCCUGCAAUGCGUUGUUUGCACCAAGUGAGAGUCAAUCGUUCUGUGCCAUCAAUCAAAGAAGAAGACCUCUUUAGUGUAUUCUCCUCUGUCGUAAUGGUAUGAAAGAUUAAUAAUAACUUUCACAUGAAAGUUUGAGCUUUUUUUUCUAAAGUUAGGGUUUAGUUCUGAGCUAGCCGUCGGUGUAUACCGUCUUUUAUAUAACCAACUUUCACCUGGAAGCUUAAGCUUUUUUUGUAAAGUUAGGGUUUAGAAAAAGCAUAUACAAUCUUUAGUAUCCGUAGACCUGCUUCAAUUGUGCUCGGAGUUAUACCGUCGGUGUAUACGGUCUUGUCUACAAUUAUAACCAUUUUUUCUCACAGA